CUGAAGUCUGUCACUUGUGCUACGUCAACCUUCGGGUUAAUUUCUGCAAAUUCGUUAAUCGUUUGACAACUUCAGUUAAUGAAAGAUUAGUCAGCGGUCACAUUUCUUUAGAAUGGAGAGUAUCUCCACAUUGUUAGUCGCCGUCAUUGUUGGUGUAUUGCUUAAUAGUAUUUAUUGUGCACCAGUAGAUCCUAAAAAAUCUACAGAAAAACCUGCUGAUGCAAACGGAGUUGGCGAUGCAGGAGGAGAGACUGGCUUAGAAUACAACAGGUAUCUUCAAGAGGUUGUACAGGUGUUGGAAAGUGAUCCAGAUUUUAGGCAAAAACUAGAAAAAUCUGAUCCUGAGGAUAUUAGGACGGGAAAAGUUGCAAAAGAAUUGGAGUAUGUGAAUCAUCAUGUGAGGAACAAAUUGGAUGAAUUAAAAAGGCAAGAAAUGGAGCGAUUGAGACAUCUUGCUGUUCAAGAGUAUGAAAGAGCAAGAGGACUUGGAAUCCCUCAUGAUGGAAGACUCAAAAUUCCUGGCCAUAUAGAUCAUAAAAGCCCCUCUUUUGAGACUGAAGAUUUGAGGAAACUGAUAGUCCAGACCUCUAAAGAUUUGGAGGAAGCUGACAGAAAGAGAAAGGAAGAAUUUAAAGAAUAUGAGAUGCAGAAAGAAUUUGAGCAUCAGAACAAAAUGAAGAAUUUGGAUGAAGAGAAAAGGAAAGCAGAAGAAAAAGCAUGGGAAGAGGCUCAGGCAAAGCAUAAGCAACAUCCUAAAAUGCAUCAUCCAGGAAGCAAACAACAAUUAGAAGAAGUUUGGGAAGAGCAAGAUCAUCUUUCACCUGAAAGUUUUGAUCCGAAAACAUUCUUCAAGUUGCACGAUUUGGAUGGAAAUGGUGUUUGGGAUGCUGACGAAGUCAAAGCUCUCUUUAUCAAGGAGUUAGACAAGGCAUAUGAUCCGAAUGCUCCUGAAGAUGACAUGGCUGAACGCUACGAGGAGAUGGAACGGAUGCGCGAGCAUGUAUUCAAUGAAACGGAUACAAACAGGGAUUACUUGAUUUCGUAUCCGGAAUUUUUAGAGCAAACCCGAAAACAGGAAUUUGAGCGUGAUCCUGGUUGGAACACUAUUGAUGAGCAACCCGUCUAUUCUCAGCAGGAGUACAUGGAGUUUGAACAUCAACGCCAAAUGGAAAUCCAACGGUUAAUUGACCAAGGAAUGCUGCCUCCCCAUCCCGAUGUGAUGCGAAAUCAUCCACGAAUGCCCAACGAAGUGCCUUACGGCGUUCCACCUCAGCAACCUUACUAUCCUUCUCCCCCUGUUGCCCAGCAAAACAUGAUAACCCCAGAAGAAGCCAUGAGGAUGCAACAACAAUACGGCCAACAGCCUCAAUUUGCCCCGCAACAGCAUAAUGGACAGCCUCAGUAUGUUCCACAGCCGCAGUAUUACGGUCAACCACAGUUUGCGCAGCAACAAUUUGUUGCUCAGCCGCAACAUCCUCAGUUUGUUCCACAAGCUCAACAAGCAGUUCAACAGAAUUUCCAACAACCAGCUCAGCUCCCACAAUUACCAAUUCAGCAAGUGCGCCAACAACAGCCAACUGAUCAGCAACCGAUUUCGCAAUAUCAGAUUCCUGCACAGCAACAACCUUCCAUCCAACAGCAACCUUCCAUCCAACAGCAACCUUCCAUCCAACAGCAACCUUCCGUUCAACAACAGCCUCCUGUACAGCAGGUCCCCCUCCAGUCGCAACAAAGCCAACAAGCAGUUUCACCUCAAUUGCCUGUUCAACAGCAACAAAUUUCAUCUGCAAAACCAGCUUGAUUGCUAACGACGCUAAUUUCAUUUCACACGAGUUAUUUUCCCAAUAUUAUUUCACGAAUUGACGAAAUAAACCUAUUAAAGACAUAAAAA